AUGGGGACCGUUCGCCGCAAUCUGAGCUUCCUCGAGGCCACUAGACCUAACCUUCAGCCUUCGACAAUCGAAUCAGCACCUAUCGAAUCACCUAAGGAUACCAUCUCAAAAGCCAUUGUUGCUGAACAAGCACCACCAUCUAUCGAAGUAGUCGCGGCAGAGCCCGAGGAAGACACCAUGAACUCUCAAAAGGAGGCAGAGCUUCUGACUAUGCAACACAUCUUCGGUCUCAAGGACGCCUCAGAUGAUUCGCUCAAGACCAAACCUAAGGAGCUCGAACGAUUACAACGCCUAAAAGCAGCCGAGCCUGUCUUUGUAUGUGUUGACUUGGAGGCCUAUGAAUUCUCCCAAGAGAAAAUCACUGAGGUCGGCGUGUCUGUCUUGGAUUCUCGUCAUGUCAUAGGCAGCGAUCCUGGUCCUGAUGGUAUGGAGUGGCUCUCAAAAAUCAAUACUCGCCAUAUUAUCAUUCAGGAACAUAAGCGCCUCGUCAACAAACGUUUCGUUCAUGGCUGCCCUGACAAAUUCAAUUUCGGCAACUCUGAAGUCGUUCCAUUGAAGCAUAUUCACAAGGCUUUGACUCAGCUGUUUGACAAUCCUUCACCUGAUUCAAUCCGUGCAUCAGACCAAGGGUCCAGGAACCUCAUUCUUGUCGGUCAUGGUCUCUCCAAUGAUACGGCCUACUUGAAUAAGCUCGGCUUCGCUCCUCACGCCAAAGGCAAUAUUAUCCAAGAUGUCGAUACCCAGAAGUUUGUUGGAUCCAAGAAGCAGACCGUCGGCCUGAGCAGGCUGAUGGCUGGCCUUGGAGUUCAACCAGAAAACCUUCACAACGCGGGAAAUGACGCUGCCUAUACAAUGCAAGCCCUUCUUCUAAUGACUGUCCAACAUACAAACAAUCCUGGUGCUUAUGUCAAUGCAGUCGCCAAUGCAAAAGGAAAGGUCGAUCCGGCCAAGCAACGAUACAAGGAUCACAAAGCCGCAGUCAGGGAGCGAAAGAUCGCCGAGGAGAAGGCAAAAGCUGCGAGAGCGGCUGCACCUCAAGCAACCAGCUUUGGGAAAUUUGCCGUCGAGUCAGCAUCCGCUUUGUAUCCAAAACCUCACGAUCUCGAUGCUGCUGCAACUGGAGGCAUCAGGAACGCAAAAUCGGUAGAGCCCCAGCGGCGAUCUCAACCGAGAGUAGCUCCUGGGGACGGACUACGGACUGGUCAAGACCUCGGUCUUCCUGCUCCUACAGCGUCCGAUCCCGACAGAAAUGUUUGGCUUGAGGCCCCCUUCGUAAAGGGACUGAAAGCACGAUCAGACGAUGCACAAAAGUUGCUCAAAGGAACCGGGGGCAAUCCACCACCUUUCAAGAGACUCCCCUUAGUCAAGGACAAACAACCUCUCACUCAUCCAUCCACGUCUUUUAUCGAUCAAGCCGGCCAUGUCUCUGUUCCCAGCAAGAGGAAGAGUUUUGAUCUUGAGCCUGUCGAUGAUGGAUGGAAUGACGACGAUGACGACUUCUCAAUCUCACCUACAUUCUCUGCAGGAUCGCGCAGCAACCAGACACGAAUUCCAGAGAAUGACAAGAAAGUCGGAUCAAUGACAGACACACACCAGCAUGAAGCCCACGCAGACACGACUUCAGCCCAACCACUCACUACAGGUGCGGCGAGUUCUGUAGAGUCAAAGCCCCGCAUAAGCAAGCACAUGGAAACACGCGAUGUGACUAAUGCACCGAGAUUUACUGAGAAGGAAGACAGCAAGAGCUUGUCACCACCUGUCUCUGCUCAACCUAAUCGCACAAUUAUGAGAAAGGUCGCAGUAUCAAAGACAGAGAUGCCACGCUCAUCCGUGAAGGCAGCUCAGCCUGCCGAAGCUGCCCAACAGCCUGACCGCCCGAUAGUCCGUAGGGUCACAUCGAAGGAGGCUGAAACACAAGACAUACAUACUGGUCAGCGACGGGUUCGUGUCUUGAUGGCAGCAACAGAAAGGGAUAGUCGCGAGACAGAGGAACCCCAGCGUAUAACCGAGGAAAACAAUCCUGUCUUGCGCAAGUGGUUGGAUGGCGGGUGA